CGUAUUUUUGUUGACUGAGGAGCCCUUUAUCCUGUCGCGCGUUGAUUUUUCGACCCCCUGAGUCUCCCCCCUCACAUCUCCAUCAUGGCCUCCGCCUCCGGGGUAGGGUCGUAUUCGAACCCUCUGAAGAAGUUCAAGUUGGUGUUCUUGGGUGAACAAAGCGUUGGCAAAACCUCUUUGAUCACCCGUUUCAUGUACGACUCGUUCGACAACACAUAUCAAGCCACCAUCGGUAUCGACUUUUUGUCCAAGACUAUGUAUCUUGAGGACCGCACUGUUCGCCUUCAGCUCUGGGACACCGCUGGCCAAGAACGAUUCCGCUCCUUGAUCCCUUCCUACAUCCGAGACUCAAGUGUCGCCGUCGUGGUCUACGAUAUUUCGAACGCCAAGUCCUUCCAGAACACGCGGAAAUGGAUCGACGAUGUGCGCGGAGAGCGUGGAAACGACGUGAUCAUUGUGUUGGUGGGCAACAAGACCGAUUUAAACGACAAGCGGGAAGUUACAACAGCACAAGGCGAGGAAGAGGCAAAGAAGAACAACCUGAUGUUUAUCGAGACCAGUGCCAAGGUCGGCCAUAACGUGAAGCAACUGUUCCGGAGGAUUGCGCAGGCUUUGCCAGGAAUGGAGGGCGAGGCCAAGCAAGGCGAGAGCACGAUGAUUGAUGUGAACAUCCACCCCAAGGAGACCACCACCAACGAUGGCUGUGCUUGUUAAGCAUUCCACCCCCCUCCACCUUUCGUUUACAUUCUGACCGAUUAUGACGAUCGAGUCUGUCCAUGAUAUGCACCAAUUUUUAAGAUGUACAUGUUUCCUCCUUCUCGCUGCUCGUCGGGUGAAUAGCGUGUGCUUAGAUCUUUCAAUCCUGAAUGCGGUUGCGUCCAGUUUUGUGAGCUGCUGCCUGGAUGGUGGGCGUUCUGAUUUCCGUUCUCUCCGCAUUAUAUCUUGUUUCUAUGGUCCACACGGGGGUUGCUUCCUGACCCAUUUGGAGGUCGUCCUGGCCCAAAUGACCCUUAGGCUAACGUUUCGCAUAUGGUAUAAUCGAUGAAGCUGUACAUUAUGGCAUCU